AAGUUAAUACUGAGAGCAGAGUUUGAGAAUGGAAACUCUCACUCUCCAUAUGGAAACAAUUUUUGUCUAUAAAUCUUCCAUAUUGCUGAUGACUUUCACGUGGUUAGUAUAAUCAAACGGACGCCUUUUGCCGUUUUAUCAAUUCUCUCCGUCUCUGUUUCUUUCUAUCUUUUCAAGAGGGUCAACAUGCAAAUGCAUCUAAAGCCGAGUUGGUAUUCUUACAUCCUUUAACCGAACUCUGCAACCAAAGGUUUGAUUGAUUUUGACCACUUUGAUAGAUACCCAAAUCAAAUACGAGGGGAAAGAGUCUGCGAGUAAUUCUUAGAAACGAAAGGGAAGUGAUGAAGAACGAGGAGCAAGCACGGUCUUUGUUUGGGAUUUCCCUCACUGUCAGACCCAGAUGGCAACAGUUCCUCAUCUGCUCAGCUGGGUUCUUCUUUGGCUAUCUUGUCAAUGGUAUCUGCGAGGAAUAUGUGUACAACAGGCUCCAAUUCAGCUAUGGUUGGUAUUUCACAUUUGUUCAAGGAUUCGUCUACCUGUUUCUGCUUUAUCUCCAAGGCUUCACCCCCAAGCAGAUGGUGAACCCUUGGAAGACUUACGUGAAACUCUCUGCUGUACUUAUGGGUUCCCAUGGACUUACCAAAGGGUCUCUGGCUUUCCUUAACUACCCUGCACAACUCAUGUUCAAAUCCACAAAGGUUCUACCUGUCAUGAUAAUGGGUGCAUUCAUACCCGGUCUCAGGCGGAAAUACCCGCCUCACGAAUACUUAUCCGCCAUACUUUUGGUUGUGGGCUUGAUCCUCUUCACCUUAGCUGAUGCACAAACCUCCCCAAACUUCAGUGUAAUUGGUGUUAUAAUGGUAUCGGGUGCUCUAAUCAUGGAUUCCUUUUUGGGUAAUUUGCAAGAAGCAAUCUUUAACAUCAAUCCUGAAACCACCCAGACUGAGAUGCUGUUUUGCUCAACCGUUGUUGGCUUGCCUUUUUUGAUCCCACCAAUGCUUGUAACAGGAGAAUUAUUCAAAGCUUGGGUUUCAUGCUCAAAUCAUCCAUACGUUUAUGGCGUGCUGGUGUUUGAAGCCAUGGCCACGUUUAUUGGCCAAGUUUCAGUCCUCUCUCUCAUUGCCCUCUUUGGUGCUGCCACCACUGCCAUGGUGACAACAGCAAGGAAGGCAGUGACAUUGUUACUUUCAUACAUGAUAUUUACAAAGCCAUUGACAGAGCAACAUGGAACUGGGCUUCUGCUGAUAGCCAUGGGAAUCACAAUGAAGCUCUUGCCUGAUAACAAACCAAACAAGAUCAGGGUCUCCUCCAGUAGUACCUCUUCUGCCAGUGCCAAGAAUAUUGCAAAGCCUUCCAGCACUGAUCAUGAUCAUGAGAUAAUCGAAAUAGAAAAUGUAGGACAAUAUCAUGAAGAAGAGAGGCGACUAGUCUGAUCAUAUAUUAUUAUUAAGAACUGUUGCAAGUUGAAACUUAUAUUUAUUCUCCAUGCUAUUCCCCUUUAAUCCAAUAUUCUUAUAAGUUAAUUCUGGUAAUUCUACGUUGGAAAUAAGACCUUAGAGCA